AUGCCGCCCAAGCCUAGUCGAUUUACUUUUAUUCUCCGUUCAUGGGGUCUGAUAUGGUUAUCUAUCUGCCUGCACUGGGAAGCUCUAAAACGAGCAGUUCAUCUAGAAGGUCUCGCAGCACUUGGCCACCCACGACAAAUCCAAGAUGCGGCUUCAGCAAAGCUGCUCAGUUUGACCUCUGCCAAUUUCAUCGCUUACGAGAACACAACUGUUGUUCCCUCGCUCGUUCAAGCCGCUGAUGGCGUUGUUCUCGAACUAGGCCCUGGACCAGGAAAUCAGAUCCAUCGUUUUGAUACCGCUCUUGUUAAGCGAAUCUAUGGCAUUGAACCUAAUCCCCUCUUCGAAGAUGCCAUAAAUGCCAAGCUAGAGAAGCAUAACCUGCGCGAUAAAUAUAAGCUUAUAGCUUGUGGCGUUGAGGAUAGUGAUGUUCUGAGAGAAGAAGGCAUCACGGAGGGAAGUUUGGAUGCCGUUUUAUGUAUCCAGGUCCUGUGCGCUGUGAAAGAUCCGAAGAGCGUUAUGAAGGAGGUGUGGAAGUUGCUCAAACCUGGAGGCAAAUUCAUAUUUUGGGAGCAUGGAUCGAGCAGAGACCAUUUUACGAAUGCAUUGCAAGCUUGCUGGAAUCCUAUCUGGAGCACAUUUGUCGGAUGUCAUUUGACUAGAAGUGUCGUGGGGGACAUUCUCAACAGUGGAGAGUGGGAAAAUCCACACGAUAUCGAAGAAUUGGAGGAACCCUAUAGUUUCCUACCCAGGACUCAGGGUGUGCUUGUCAAGAAGAAGGACUAA